AUGGCGACACCACGAUCGCUUUCUGCUGCCCACGAACCCCGAGAGGACCAGCCGCUUCUUCGCGCCCCGGAGGAAGAUUCCUGGAAACCACCGCGGGGUUUUGUCUGGAUCCAGGUGGCCAUUAUGUCCAAUGUUUUUCUGUACGGCUUCGAUGGGACCAUCACUGCUGCGACCUAUGCGAUCAUCAGCUCCGACUUUGACGCGGCCAACACCGCCUCCUGGCUCACCACGUCGUACUUGGUGACGAGUACGGCCUUUCAACCACUGUAUGGCCGGGUGUCGGACAUCUUUGGGCGCCGCAUCUGUUUCUUCAUCUCGACCAUCACUUUUGCCCUGGGUUGUCUUGGUUGUGGUCUUGCGAACGACAUCGUGUUCCUCAACUGCAUGCGCGCGCUGACCGGUUUUGGGGGCGGGGGUCUCAUGACUAUGGCGACGAUUGUGAACUCGGACAUGAUCCCGUUCCGUAAACGCGGGAUGUACCAAGCGUUGCAAAACGGAAUGUUCGGUUUCGGCGCCAUCUGCGGCGCUUCAUUCGGCGGGACCAUUGCCGAUACGAUCGGUUGGCGAUGGUGCUUCAACCUCCAGGUGCCCAUCUCGGCGUUUGCUUUGAUUGUGGGCGCCCUGGUCAUCAACAACCCCGAGGGAGGUUUCCAACUGGGCCAAGGCUUCCGCGACACCUGGGCGAGGGUGGAUUUUACCGGGGCCUUUUUGCUCGUCAUUUCCAUUUCGCUGCAGCUGGUCGGUCUGAGUCUCGGCGGCAACGAACUGCCGUGGAGCAGCCCGUGGGUGAUCGGUUCGCUUGUGGUGAGCGCUGCGCUCCUCGGCCUCUUCCUGGUGGUGGAAGCCAAGACCAGCGCGAUCCCAGUCAUUCCACUCCGGCUGCUGCACGGGAAACUCCCGGCGUUGAUCCAAUUUUCAAACAUUUGCGCUGGCAUGUCUGCGUAUGCGUAUCUCUUCAACCUGCCCUUGUUCUUCCAAAUCGUCCUGCUCGAUUCAGCCACCACCGCUGGAGCCCGUUUGGCGAUCCCGUCUCUUGCAACACCAAUCGGCGGGCUGAUCGCGGGCAUUGUCAUGUCCCGAUGGGGUAAAUUAGUGCCCCUCGUGCGGACCGGCGCUUUGUUGAUGAUGUUCGGCAAUGCGCUGGUCACCUCUCUCGGCUUCGAAGACUCGGCGUGGAAAUACUUUGCCUACAUCUUCCCGGCGAAUCUCGGCCAAGGCAUCAUUUACCCCGGCAUUCUGUUCACGUCUCUCGCCACAUUUGACCACGCAGGGACGGUGUAUGGCGUCGCCAUCACCUCUGCCAUUGUGCAAACCACGCUCAGCGUCCGGCUUCCGGACGCUUUGGGCGAGAUACCUGAUAAAUGGAGAGUUAUCGACGAGAUUCGGCACUCGGUCUCCGCCAUCCGGGAUCUGCCCCCGGAUCUCCAGCUCAAGGCGCGUCACGUGUACUACGACGGGCUGCGGUACUCGUUUGCAACGUCCACGGCGGUCGCUGCUGCGGCUAUGGUCACGGCUUUCUUGGCAAAGGGCCGGGGCUUGCGCAGCACGAAGUAA